UUCAAAACAGUUGAUGCAAUUCAUAUUCUACCACAUAAUGAUAUGUUAAGACCCUUGUUCAUUUUUAAAAUGGGGAAACAGGCCCAGGGAGCUUAUAUGGCUUGUCCAAUUCGUAGACCCAGUCCACUCAAGCCCAGCACUGUGGUCCUGGAUUCCCACUAUCUUCACCAUACUACAUGCCUCCUGGAGACUGGACAGGUGCAACAGGAAGAAUUCACUGCUGUCCUGGCUGCCAUUUGCCUCCACAAUCAAAACCAGACGACAGAAGAACGACUAGUACCUCACAAUCGAGACGUGACAGAGCUCUCAGGUGAGGAACGCUGGCCCCCUGUAUCCGGGCCGGACCAGCCCAGCUGCUGGACCCCAGAGGACAGCACCACCGGCAUCCCAUCAAGCCUGUACUCACAGCAUCAGGAACUUUUUUUGAGUCUUGGCUCUGAAUUUUUUCCUAGCCAGAACUCAAGUACCGAGGUUGCUGAACCGAGGGUGACCCCUGACACCUUGUGCUAUGGCCACAUCCUGCCCGAGGAACACAGCACACUCUACACCUGGACUCGGGUGAAGCCAGCUCCGCCCCAGAGCCCCCACCUUAACCUUCAAGCAGCCCUUAAAAACCCCAGUCCCUCACGGGACUAUAGCUCUGGGCCCCUUUCCUCCCUUGGAAAGUGA